GUACGGGCCGCCGCCCGGAUACGGCGCGCCGCGCGAGCCGCCCCCCGCGCAUCAUGCCCCCGUGCCGCCGCACUACCAGGCCAUGCACCGCGCGCCACCGGUGCACGGAGCGCCGCCGCACCACGGUCCUCAGCCUGGGCAGUUCUCCCAGCCGCCGGUGGCGGUGGACGCAGGCCCCAGACAUCCAGCCGAGUUCGCCCAGACGGACCCCCUGAAGUACCAGGCCUUCGAGGAGAUGUCCGUGUCCGUCACGGAG